UUUUCAAAGGACAUGAUUGAAAACGUUUAAAGUAUUUAUUAAAAUAAAUAAUCACAUUUGACGAUCGUGUUUAUAUGACAGUUAAUACGAAGGAUUUCUGACAUUUUAUCCCAUUUUAUAACACAAACUAAGAUCAAGAAAUCGAAAAAUAAUCCCAACAGGAUACAUAAUGAAAACACCAAACUCGGUCGGUCAACUAAUUCUGCUAGCAUUUUCCUUAGCACGAGCGAGCGACUGCCCAAGAGGAUGCGUAUGCAGUUUUGAACAGGUCACGUGUUCCGGCCUGACGUCAUUUCCUACGUCAUUUCCUGUGGAUACGGUAUCGAUCAAUGUCACGCACAUGAACGCCGAUGAAAUACCUGUAGACUGCCUCGACAAUAUGGAGUUUAUCAAGAACGUUUUCAUUCAGUCGAGUACCAUCCUUCGGGUACGGUCUGGGUCAUUUAAUGGGCACGAUUUUAUGGGGGUCAUACGCUUCGACGACGUUCACAUCAAAACAAUUGAAUCAUUUGCUUUCAACAAUAUCGUCGAAUUGGGAACUUUGGCUGUCUACAACUCAUCCAUUGAAAACAUUGAAAUGUUUGCUUUCUCAAAUAUGUACGCCGUUAACGCGAUUGAAUUCAACAACUGCAACAUCACUUCCAUUGCGACCAAUGCCUUUUACAACAUGAACGAGAUGAUUAAAAUCAAAUUUGAUGACAACAAUAUCAAGACGCUGGAACCAAAUUCUAUUUCAGGAGUGACGAAAAUUAACGAGCUAUUUAUAAGUUACAACGCUAUUGAAAGUCUUGGGUGUGGAAAUAUUGAGAAACUUCUAAACGAGGCCCACACUGGCGUAAUGUCAAUGAACACGGUUACUUGUUCAUGUGACCUACUCUGGCUUCAGAAAAGCGAAUCGUUGAAACCAUAUCUCGACUCCAAUUGGUGCAAAGAGGAGUCGGGGAAACUAUUAGCCUGGGGAGAUAUUGCUAAAGCCUUCAUGGCGUGUUCGGAAACUGACAUUACUUCAACUCAUUGCGUCGAUCUGCCAGAAUCAAAUAAAAAAUCCGAUUUCAACACUGACUAUCCUCAUCAGAAAGAAACAGCAACAAGCCGUCUGCAUACUACUGGAACCUCAAUUGAUGAAAUGACAAGUCAAACAACGAAUAGUUUUACAUCAAAUGCCUGGGACGUUUUAGACAAUGUUAAGAGGACUACGAAAAUGACGCGAAAGGACGACGACCUACAAAAGGACAAACAAACGCCAAAAAGAAAGGUUAAUCAUACCGAUAAUUACAGCAUGGCAGCUCGUGGUACAAUUGUUUUGCCCAAUGAUUCGUUUGAUAUGUUUGGAAUCGACGGUAACAAGAGCAGGAAAAAUGAAGAUGAAACUGGACAUGAACAAGACGAAAUCAUUGUACAAAAUGGUGUUGUGAAAAAACCAUCGAACAUCGGGUUUGAUGAGCAGAAAAACGAAUCAUUUAAUACCGAUAGCUUUGCAUACGCAGACCAAUCGAUGAAAACAGAUAAAAACUAUUCUAAUAGUAAAGGCACAGAAACGCGUGAAAAGGUCGAGUUAGAAAUAACGGAAGACAACCAUCUACGACAAAUUUCUAUGACAAGUGCGGUAGAGGGUGUUCCAUCAAAUACUUAUGUUUUUAUAAUCGUGUAUGCAAUUGUUGUAAUACUGUAGGCGUUUUAAUUAGUAAAUACUGUUUGCGUUAAAUGUAGAGAAUUUCUUUUGCACAAAAUGUAAGAUUAAAUAUCGAUCUAAAAUUGAACUAUCAUACAGUACCAAUUUGUAUGUAGGAAUUUCAGUACCUAGGUACGUAAUUGAGAAUUACAAACACAUCGUAUUAGAAUCCCAAAAUCAACUGGUUGUAAAUGUGAAGCAAGCAUCGUUCAUUAUAAUUGUGUCCCUUUCUUGGAAAACUGGGCUUAAUGAAUGUGCAUAAAGUGUCAUCCCAGAUUAGCCUGUGCAUUCCACACAGGCUAAUCAGGGAUGACACUUUUCGCAUAAACUUGACUAUCGCUAAAAGGUAAAGGGAAAAUACCAUAAAAGCAGAAAGUGUCGUCCCUGAUUAGUUUGUGCGGACUGCACAGGCUAAUCUGGGACGACACUUUACGCACAUACAUUAAGCCCAGUUUUCCCAAAUUGGGACCCAUAUAAUAAUUCUAUUAAGGGCUAAACUCGUGAUAACAGGGCUGGAACAUGGAAUAUACAGUUUGCAUUAAAACACCGCCGUGUUGAUUAAUGCAAUUGUAUCGAUCG